AUGCCCUCGAAGCCGCUCAUCGUCAUCUGCGGGACGACCGGAGUGGGCAAGUCCAAGCUAGGCAUCGAGCUCGCACUCUCCCUGGCCGCCGGCCAUCAUAACCAUCCCUACCGCGGCGCAAAGAUCAUCAAUGCCGAUUCGAUGCAGGUGUACACGGGGAUGGACGUCAUCACGAACAAGGUGCCGGUCGAGGAGCGAUGCGGGGUCGAGCACCUCCUCAUGGACUACAAGGAGCCAGGAGAGCAGUUGACGGGCCCAGAAUGGAUUGCGGACGCCAUAACCGAGAUCGACAAGAUUCAUGAGCAAGGGGAGGUGCCCAUCGUCGUGGGUGGGACUUCCUACUGGAUACAACACCUCAUAUUUCCCGAACGCAUGGCGUCCAUAGAGAAGCCGUCAGAGUCGUUAGGGAUUGUCCCUACGUCGUCGCAAGCGUUCUCCGAUGCUCUUGCUGCACUCCCGGAAGAACUGCGAGCACUGUUCGACAAACUCCCGGAACAAGCUCCCCUGCCAGAGUUUGAGGAUGCUCCGCUCGCUCUCCAUCGACUGCUCGCUGGGUUGGACCCGUCAGUGGCACAGAGGUGGCACUGGCGAGACACGCGGAGAGUGCUCACUUGCCUCCGUGUCAUGCGAGAUAACCGUCGCCUGGCCAGCGAGGUUUACGAGCAGCAGUCUCGUGUCGUCUCAAGACCUCGAUAUCGCACGCUUUGCUUCUGGUUGUAUGCGGAACCAGAUGCUCUCAAGCCUCGGUUGGACGAGCGUGUUGAUCAGAUGAUCGCGCAAGGCCUACUGAACGAGAUACAGACGCUCCGAAGCAUCGUUUCCGCCAGCACGUCGGCGCAGACCCCUUCUGAGGCCUCACCACAAGCUCAGAUGGACUACACUCUAGGUAUCUACCAAGCGAUCGGAUAUAAGGAGUUCCACAACUACCUCAACUCACCUGGGCGCCAAGACUCCGCAUUUUCGGAGGCAGUUGACCAGAUGAAGCUCGGUACGCGACGAUACGCAAAGAGGCAGAUCUCGUGGAUCCGCAACAAGUUGCUCCCAACGGUCUUCGCUGCAAACUCCGCAUCAAGGGAGGAAGGCACAGAGCCUGAAGUACCUACAUACAUCCUCGACGCUACUGAGCUGGGCGACGCGUGGACGGCCAACGUCCACGACCGAGGAAUCCAGAUUACCAAAGCAUUCUUGGAAGGAACGGAGCUCCCAGACCCUGCGGCGCUCUCCCAGGCGGCAAGCACGCUCCUGGAGAUACGCGAAAAGCCCACAGACCCGCUCGCAGUACUCAGCGCACACCAGCGCAGACAGUGCGACGUGUGUACGACAAACGCCGAGCAGCCCGUGAUGGUCGACGGCCAGAAGUGGGAAGAGCACCAGCGAAGCAAGGCUCACAAAACCAUGACCCGAAAGCUCAAUGGGAGGUCGGCAUCAAUGGGGAGAGGAGACUCGGACAAAGUGUGA